AUGAAUGAGAGUGAAAAGGUUAAACGUGUGGAUGACUUAAACAGAUUAUUAAUCCAGCUGAUAAAUAAUAUGAGAGAAGUAUCUGAUGGUUUGUACAGGCACACAUAUGAUAUAGACACAGAAUUGCCUCAAAUAAACAAAACAGUCAUUAGCACCAUAGAAAAGACAGUGAACAGCUUAAAGGAAGACUUAUUCGUAUCAGAAGAAGUUGUCUCAUAUUUAGAGACAAAAGACGGGGAUGCGAAUGUAUUAUUAGAAUACUUAGAUGAUAAAGAACAUGAAAUAAUGAAGCUAAAGAACAAAGCACAGGGAAAGUCCAAGUACUUUAAAAUGCUUUAUAAUGGAAUAAUGAAAUAAUAUUUAAAAAUGAAAUAAUUAAAUGUUCUCUAAGCUAUUCUUGGUGUUAGA